AUAGAGCUAUAUGCCCUAUACAGCUGAAUAUUGUGUAUCCUGUAUCACAGAAAGGCACCUUGUUUGACACUCGUUUGCUGCACCUUCACAAUGACCAUAGUCCUGUCAGCUGCUGGCCGGCUUGUGCGAAUGAUUGCUACGGUAAUAGUAUAAAUUAUAAAGACAGGCUCCCUUGUUCAUCGUUCUUCUUCAGCGCUCAAACAUCCGUCGCAUUCCAUUCCUAUUCUCCGUUCCAACCGUCAUAGCACUUCACAUACCCUCAUCAUGGACGCGAAAAGAUGCUCUCAUUGCCAGAAACCAGCGACUACGAUUUGUUUUGGAUGUAAAACGCAUGUCUACUGCAACGGAGACCACCGACGGGCGGAUUGGGACAACCAUAAGGAGUAUUGCGAAAGUGUUCAACUCGAAACUUCUCUUACGAUGGCCGCUGAAGUCGUCCAACAAGCCUGGCUUACAUUGAAGGGAUAUACUUGGCCAAUUCCAAUCUCAAAGGUUGAGCUAGAGGACCAGAAGGUCGUAGCCUACGAGGACGGUACCGCUACGAAAACUUUGUUUUCAGAUCUUUCAGAUAUCUGGUUCCCAGAUCAGGUCGCUAAACAUGCGCUCAUGUGCUUUCGGUAUCCUUUUAUGCCCUUAGUGUUGACGGAAUCCUUGAUUACACAGCUUAUCAAGCAAAGCGAAUUUCAUCUCCAUGAAGUUGAGGCCGAGCUGAAAGACCCAAUGCGAACCGUUACUUUUGUGCAUACAAACGGCACAAGAAAAUCGAACUGGCCUUUUCACGGGCUCAUGCUUUUACGAAUCACUCACAGGCGGAGUGGUAAGCGUUGGUACAUGAAUCCGUCUGGCGCCGAUUUCGGACUUACGCAAAACAUCUUCCCGGCUGCAGAAUUCGAAUCGGUUCACCUCAAGAGGCUUUGCCGAGUUUUCAACGUUGGAAAAUGCAGAGAAUUCGAGGAGGCUUGCGCCAAAAUCCAGAGAUCCGAUUCGUUUUUGACACAAAUUGACUUGGCCAUUGCGUGGCUCAUGCGAAGAGUACUCUCCAAAUUUCUACAGCAGCUCGGCAACGCUUUGGCAAGUAUCGUUCGUAAACUUGGCACAGCUCCCUCUGCUUGGAAACAGUCUUUGACGAAUGUGUUGACUCAGGCUGUACGUGGAUACGUCGCACGUUACGAUCCAAGACAGUAUCUGCGUGCAGUGCAUCGCGAAACUGAUCAAACUGUUUGUGAGGGCAUGAUACAAGAGGUGGCUCACCGCCACAUCUUCGUUGACGUGAGAACGGCGGCGGAGCGUGCUGAUAAUUCAGCUCCUGAGACUGACGCAGCUCAAGACUUGGUGCAGCUGAGGAAUCAAUUCAGCGACCCGCAACUGGAUCUUGUGCUGGCGGCAAUAAGGUCGACGAACUUGGGGUAGGUAAGGUGUGUGUAGAUUGCAUGGUCUAAUUGGAAAAGACUUGACAUAACUUGUAACAUC